AUGUGGAAAUACAUGCAUAAAUCACUCAAAAAUGGCUGGGUCAUAGAACGAUUCACUACUCCUCACUCGGUUACCAAAUAUAGGUCCAAAUUAUAUUCUACUUUGAAUGAACAGAGUUUCUGGAGAAUGCCAUUCAAGAGAAGGAGCAGAUUUCAAAAAUGUGUGUUAUCGAUGACUAUGAUAAGUUUCAUUACCUUCAAUAUAUGGUGGGUUUAUUGGCCGCAUCAUACUUUUCCGAAGCCUGUGGCUAAAAUAUUAAGGAAGGGGUUACAUUCAGAAAUCAAGAAAGAAGGUGCCGAUUUUCAAAAAAGUCUCCAAUACUACCUCAAAGCAUUAGAAGAAUGUAGAGUUCAAGAGAUGGACUCCCUUUCGGAUGAGUAUACCGGUAUUGAGAUCAAAAUUGGAGAAAUGUAUGAGAAAUUACAUUUAUAUAAUGAUGCAGUAACUUUAUAUGAAGACAUGUUGAAAAGGUUUUACAAUGAAAUAAGCAAACCUAAUGAUAGAUCACAAAAAAGUAGAUCCUUAUUGUUAAAAAGGGACCUCCAAAUUUUGAUAAGAUUCAUUGAAAUAAAUAAAGACUCUGAAACAAAUAUAACUUUACUGAUAAUGCAUCUUUUAUUAGCUCAGCGAGAAUUUCUAGAAAACUCGCCUGAACUCAAAGAAGUUUUUGUCAAAUCGGAGCUUCUAGACAGUCAACAAUUUGAUUGGAAAAUUUUCAAAGGACUACCGUUUAUAGGUAAAUCAAAAGAUGACUAUCAGAAACAUUUGAACUUCAAGAGUAAACAGGAUUUUAAGAUAAAAGAAGCUCAAAGCGAGCGAUAUGUCUUUUUGAAAGAACUCUUAACUGCAAGAGAGUUAUACACACGUUACUGCCUCACAAAGAAUAAUAUCACAGGGGCAUUGAACAGCAAAAUAACAACAUUAGAAUGGAUGUUAUUAACGGAUAGUUCUCUUGAUGAACUAUUACUUACUCAGGCAGAACUUGGCUCAAUUUUCUAUCUGAGUUCAGAACAGUUUGAAGGAAGCAUAUAUAGUAUCGACCAACAACCACACCGGAAGUCUAAAAAUUUAGAAAUCGUCCGAUCCAGGUUACAGGCUAACCAAAAUGCUUGCUUACAAUAUUCAGCUGACUGCUAUAAAAGUAUUAUCAGCUUUGCGGAUGAAAAUCAAUACCCAAAGGUUGCGACAGAAAGAGAAAUGGAUCAGAAAAUACUCAAAGCAUUAUGCCUUUCCUACUAUGGUGUUGGUGUUAUAAGUUUGCAUAAAGGACGUUUAAAGGCAUCUCGAAAGCAACUUAAAAGAGCCAUUCGUGUUUCAGAGAUGAUUAAUUUUAAUGAGCUGAUUAAAGAAGCUAAGCGCGAACUCGAGAAGAUAAGUAAUACAUUAACUUAA